UUUAAAAAGAAAAAAAAAUUAAAAGUAGUCAUCCCGAAACUACCAAACACGCCUCUAACCCUGCUGAAAAACCCUGCUAAACCCUCCUCGUCCGUCUCAGCCGCAACUCACCACCGAGUCACUGUGUCUGCUCGCUCAGACCUGCGCAAUGCCUGCCAUCCAAACCUACGAUGACUUCAUUAAAGUCCACGGCGUGUUAUUAGCCUCCUCGGGAAUUCCUCAGAAGCUCCACCCCCUGCUCUUCCAGAAGCUCGCGGCGGAGGCCUUCGACGGCGGCCACCAUUUCCAGAUCGAGCCUGUGGAGGAUGGAAACCAAAGGCGCCUGCUGUUCACCUCAGAGUUCAUGGCUAAGGAGUCUAAUCUCUUCCUCGUUGACCAUGCUUGGACUUUCCGCCUUUCCGAUGCCUAUAAGCAGUUACAGGAAGUUCCUGGGCUGGCAGAAAGAAUGGCUGCGUUAAUGUGUGUGGACACUGAUUUGUCAGACACUGUUGAGGAAGGUGACAUAGGUGAAGAUAAUACGAAAUUAAGUGCCGAGGAGAUAGUGACGAGAGAAGUAAUUAAGGCUAAAGAAGGUGAUGCUGCAAGGUGGUUGGAACUUGAUGAGCUUGGCAUUGACGAUGAUAUGCUUUCUUCUCUUGAUUUGCCUCAUAAAUUUCCUAAUUUACUUGCACUAAGCUUGUGUGGCAACAAUCUGAAGAAUAUUGAAACUGUUGUAAGGGAGGUUACCCAACUCAAAAGUCUUAAAGCUCUUUGGUUGAAUGAUAAUCCAAUUCUGAAGGAGAAUGGUGAUGGUUGUAUGGAAGAUGCUAUUCUUCAAGGUUGCUCUAGUUUGGAAAUUUACAAUUCUCGGUUCACCCCACAUUUUGGUGUGUGGGCAUUAGGGUUUUGUGCAGAGAUAUACAAUAAAGACCGUCCAGGCUAUGCAUAUCAAGGUGAACAACCCUUGCAGUGUCUGAGCUCACUAGACCUAUCUAAUAGAUGCAUUAACAACCUCUUCAAUAAGGCAUUUUCUCCUACUGAAAUGCCAUCUCUCUCACAUUUGAACAUUCGUGGAAAUCCACUGGACCAGAACUCUGCAAAUGAUUUAUUGGAACUACUUAAUCAAUUCAGUUGCUUGAGUGCUCUGGAGGUGGAUAUACCUGGGCCUCUUGGAGAAAAUGCUGUUAGAAUUGUUGAAGCACUGCCAAAUCUUUCUGUACUGAAUGGUGUAAGCACAUCCAAAAUUUCUGAGUCUGGAAAGUCUGUGGUUGAUUCAAUGUUGUUGCCACGCCUUCCUGAAUGGACUGCAGGAGAACCUAUUGCUGACCGCAUUAUAAAUGCAAUGUGGUUUUAUUUGAUGACUUAUAGACUUGCAGAUGAAGAAAAAAUUGAUGAAACCUCUGUAUGGUAUGUUAUGGAUGAAUUAGGUUCAUCUAUGCGGCAUAGUGAUGAACCAAAUUUUAGAGUGUCUCCUUUCCUCUACAUGCCAGAGGGUGAAUUGGCAUCAGCUGUGAGCUAUUCAAUUCUUUGGCCAACUGAAGAUAUUCAAAGAAAUGAUGAGUGCACUCGUGAUUUCCUAUUUGGAAUUGGGGAAGAUAAACAACGUUCGGCUAGACUUACUGCUUGGUUCCACACCCCAAGGAAUUACUUUAUUAAAGAGUAUGAGAGCUACAGGCAGAAAUUGCAAUCAACCAAAUUUACUUCCCCACUACAAGAGUCAUCUGUUACGAGUACUUUGUACCGUGCUGAUGGAAGUGCUUUGCGUGUGUAUACAGAUAUACCUCAUGUGGAGGAUUUCCUGAACCGCCCUGAAUUUGUAAUUACAUCUGAGGCAAAGGAUGCAGAUAUUAUUUGGACAAGUAUGCAGGUAGACGAGGAGCUGAAGAAGGCUGCAGGACUCAAUGAUCAACAGUACAUAAAUCAAUUUCCAUUUGAGGCUUGUAUUGUUAUGAAACAUCAUUUGGCAGAAACAGUUCAAAAGGCUCAUGGAUUGCCUGAAUGGCUUCAGCCCACAUAUAACCUUGAAACUCAACUUGCUCAAAUGAUUGGUGAUUAUCUUGUACGGGAAAGGGAUGGACUGGAUAAUCUAUGGAUCUUGAAGCCGUGGAACAUGGCCAGAACUAUUGAUACAACCAUAACUGGCAAUUUAUCUGCUAUUAUUCGUCUCAUGGAGACUGGGCCCAAAGUAUGCCAGAAGUAUAUUGAGCACCCUGCUUUGUUCCAAGGGAGAAAGUUUGAUCUUCGUUACAUUGUCUUGGUUCGCAGCCUAAACCCAUUAGAGAUAUUUCUGGCUGAUAUUUUCUGGACCAGAUUAGCUAACAAUGCUUACACUUUGGACAAGCACAGUUUAGCUGAAUAUGAAACUCACUUUACUGUUAUGAACUAUCGAGGAAGAUUGAAUCACUUGAAUACCCCAGAGUUUGUGAAAGAGUUUGAACUAGAGCACAAAGUUAAAUGGAUGGACAUCCAUUCGAGAGUUAGGAGUAUGAUUAGAUCAGUGUUUGAGUCUGCUGCAUCAGUGCAUCCGGAAAUGCACCAUCCUAAAUCUCGGGCAAUGUAUGGUGUUGAUGUCAUGCUUGAUAGCAAUUUUCAGCCUAAAUUACUGGAGGUUACCUACUGUCCUGACUGCAAGAGAGCUUGCACGUAUGACACAGAAGCUGUGGUAAAAGGAGGAGAAACUGUCAAGGGCCACGAUUUCUACAACUAUGUGUUUGGCUGUCUUUUCCUUGAUGAAACUAACCAUGUAUCUCCAUUGUAAACAGGUAUACCAAAUGCUCGAAAGCUUUUGUCCUUUAUAUGCAAGAACUAAUUUACAAUAUGUGAACGCCAUGCUAUUUCUUAGCAGCGUUUCUGCACAUCAAAGUGUGAAAGGAUGUUGUUGUAUUAAUAGUAAUUUCUGCAUUUUAAAUGAUACUCGUAAAAGUUUUUGACA